GGACGGAAGUGUCAAAAUAAUCUAAUCAACAAAGCGAGAAGAUAAACCUCAAUUUUAUUCUAGUUUCUUUUCAGAGACAAAAGUUAAUGUUGUCGGUAUUAAAUAAUUCACUUUUUCCUUGGGAUGGCAUACGUUAACGUGAGAGACUGGAAUGUGGACCAAGUGACUGAUUGGCUCAAAGGGUUGGAUAGCGCUGUGUCUCAUUAUACAACAUCUUUCUUGAAUAAUGGAGUUACAGGAGGGCAGUUACUCAAUCUCCGAGCUGAUGAUCUUGAACACUUGGGUGUUAAGAUUCUUGGGCAUCAGGAAAUAAUUCUCGAGGCUGUCGAGCAUUUGAGGCAUUUCCACUAUGAGUUAGAUAAGGAAAAUUUACAAACCUUAGCCUUAAAGUUAUCAAGCGCAGCAAAUUCAUUGUAUAGAGAAUUGUUGACGGUGGAAGAUGAUUGUAGACCUUUCAAAUCACAGACUUUAUCGGAUGUCCAUAACAUCAUAUCUGCUAUCAAACCUCUGGUCUUUUGGCUUGAUAGGGCUCCAUUUGCUGGGGAUAAGGAUUAUAUGGAUUGUAAAACACAAAUGCUACAGUUGGCAUUUGAAAUGGCAACAAAUGCGCAUAGAGAUAUAUUUUCAGAACAACCUGUAGUCACAAUACGAAGAAUUUGUGAAAAAUUAACUAAAAUGGCAGAUCAUAUUAUCCAAGACAUAUCUGAUCCUAUGAUAUUACAACCAGCUUCAUUAGAUUUGGCUACUUUGAAAAAGAAAGAACAAGAGUUGGGGUUUUUCAUCUUACCUAGCAAUCAUGCAAUUCAUCAGAUUGCAGAUAUCAAAUUUGGUUCGCCUGCUCAUAGCAGUUCCAAAAUUGAAGAAGGGGAUGAAAUUGUACAGGUGAAUUAUAUGACUGUAGUUGGUUGGCAAAGAAAAAACGUAAUGUUUCUUCUGCAAGAAUCACCGCCAGAAAUUGUUCUCACUUUGAAGAAGAGGCCAAGGCACACCAAAGUAUAUGGACAAAUAUACAUGAAACCUUACAGAUUACCCAGCAAGAAGCGGGGUCAGCCUUAUUCAAGAUGGAAUGAAAGCCUUCCAUCACCAGUUCUGCUGCCUAUCCCAGAUCUGCGUCCCCUGAGAAUUGAAAAAAUAACCCCAGUUGAUGAUCCAGUAGACUCGGGAAAUGAAAUUAGUGAAAGCUACAGUGACACUGAAUCACCUCCAGAUAGCAUAAUAGACAGUGGAACAAGAUUAUAUCCCAUAAAACCUAUUUCCAAUUUGCAGAGAAGGAAUACUUUCAAUGGAGGAACAAGUACUAGUAUGCUCAAAUCUUUUUCUAUUGAACAGUGUCGGGAAAUGUUGAAAAACCAAGCUGCAACUCCUACUGCUAGCUCGAAUCACAUCAAUAAUUCUAACUUCGAAGAAGAUUCAAAAUGUCUUCGUGAUAAAAGUGCUUCCUGUAGUGUCGGUCUAGAAUUGAGUCCUCGUCCAACAACCGUUAUCGGUUUAUCUUCCAAGAAAUCGUCUUUCAAAAAACUGAAGUGUUCCAAAAAAGUCAAUUUCGAUGAUGAAAGAGUUGAGUUAAGCUCAUCGAAAACUUUGAAGCCGCCAGAUAGUAAUUUGAAUGAAGAGAAAAGUUUGAGUUUGAAUAGUCUGAGCGGGGUUACAGAAGCUAACGUAGAUUUCAUCGAUGAAGGUAGAGAAUUGACGGAUAGGUCUAGUAUGACUUCUGGUUGGCAAAAGGAAAUUGUCGAGGAAUUGAUUGAAUCCAUAAAAUCGAAGCCAAAUAAGUUAGCGCCCCCUCCUCCCCCGCCACUGCCACAGGAAGAGCUGCCUUUGAAAAAUGAUGAAGAGAAAAAUAUUGCAGAAAAACCCCAAUCUUUGAAGGACAGUGUUCUGAGUGAAGUGAAAGUGAAUGUACAUGAUAUCAUCAAGAAAUUGGACAAACAAUCGGCACAAGUAUCCAAUAAUUUUAGUCAAAAUAAACCUAAAGUUUUGCCUAGAACCCAAGUUAAAAAAAUAUCUGACAGUUUCUCCAGAAACGACAAAAAACCAGUUGUACCCCCUAGAAGCAUUACGACAGUAAUUACAACCACGAAACUCAGGGGAAGACUUGAUAAGAGCCACAGCACUCCAGCAUAUGAUACAUCAGAAGAAAUAAAACCUUGUGAAGGACUGCAAAAAAGUGCGGAAAAACGUGAAAAAAUCAUCUCAGACAAUGAAGAAAAAAAUAUAACCAUUAGAAAAGAAAUUGAGACAGUUGUAGAGGCAGUGAAGCUUUGUGAGAGUGAAACUAUAAAGGAAGUAGAAAUGACAAGUGAAAUAACAAGAAGCUAUGAAAAGACUGAAAAGAUAAAAAUAACCGAGGUGAAGACAAUUAGGAGGAGUUCUUCGAGAGAAAUGCUAAAUGAUGGGUGUGGUACUAUUAAGAAUGACAGUUUAACCAAAUUGGAGAUAGGCAUACCCUGUGUUGAUGCUCCUACGUACUCCUUAGAUUCUAGAUCAAAUACAGUGAGUGACGAUGAUAAAUCAGCCUUGGAUACUUCGGAAAAUGAGAAACCAGCUUAUGUGCCGAUACAAGAACAAGAGAUUGUACCUCCAAAACCACCACCAAGAACAUUCGGCAUUGUUGACAUGAAUAAACCUGCCUAUCCAGCAGACUCCCCAAAACCAAUCAAUCUCCUAGAACUGACAAAACCAUCACAACCAUCCGUAAACACACCACCCCGUGCACCGCCCAGAGUUUUUGAAUUUCCCGAUUCAAAAUUGCAGAAUUUGCCGCAUCAAUACAUGACUAUUACAGAAAAUGGUUCCUUCAGAAAUGACACUAAAUUUUCCGAGGAAAAAUUGGGAAAACAAUUCGAACCAAAAUCUGUAUCUACGCCUGUCAAUAAAGCGAAAAUGGAUUUUCCUGAUCAUGAGCCUCCAUCUUAUAAGAACAGUUCAAUGUUGGAAAUAAAUAAGAACGAGAAAGUAUCUCCGACAAAUUCCAUGAUCCGUGCUAUGAUUUAUUCAAAAACCAAGCCGAAGAGGAAAAAUCUUAUUGCAAAGAGAAGAAAAGUCACAGUGAAUGAUUUAAGUCCUCCAGAUAUUCAAGGUUGGUUAUAUCAGAGACUACGUUUGAAGCAAACGCAGCAUGUCAGUUGGGAGAGGAGAUGGUUCGUUUUGUUGGGAAACUGUCUUUACGGUUACAAAUCCAAAGAGGAUCCAAGGGCAGCAUGUUUGAUUUUCCUGUCAGGAUUCACAGUUGCUGUAGCUAGUGAGGUCAAAUCAAGAUCGAACGCAUUUAAAGUUUACCAUACUGGUACAGUGUUCUAUUUUUCCGCUGAAGACCACGAGACCCUCCAAUGCUGGAUAGAUUUGAUUACUUCGGCUACAUUAUUAGCUGACAAUUCCAAAACGAACGAUGGGACCCUUUUUUCAGAGACGGACGAUUCUGACACCGAAAAAUCUAGAAAUUCCGAAAAGCAGAACGAUUCCCUGAAAAAAUUCGGUUCCCUCAAGAAAUUCUCCUCGAAAAAAAGCUCCAGUGCGAGCCAGGACGGUAGCACAAGUUUGGAUAGGAAAUGGUUCUUCAACAAGUCGAGUAGUCAAUCUAAAAAUGCGCUUCCUGUACCAACUGCGCAGUUCAGAUCUUACAGAAAGAUCAGAACUAGCGAGACGCACACCGAAAGCGUCACUACCGGAAAUUUCACUUCGCACGUGCCAUUUUUUGUUCCUUCCAUGGAGAAACAACAUAUGAAAAAUAUUAGUGUACCAAAUCUUUCCGUGGAUCCUGCGCCAACUAUAGCUUUAACUGAAAACAUCAGUAAAUUACCAAUGAAAAGCAAACCUACAAAUUAUAUUCAUGCCAGCAAUCCUAGUUUGUGCAAUACUCAUGACUUAAUAGUACCACAAACAACCACUAAAAAAUCAUACAAGCCAUGCAUUGAUAAUUUGGCUGGAUUCGUUACUCUAGAGGAAUUGAUGAUAAGACAAACAGAAGAAAGGAAAAAAAAUCCUCACGCAGCCUUCGAAGAUCCCGCUCCUAUCAAUCUGAAUUUGAUAAAACCUGAUGUCGUUUAUGGUGAAGUGCCUAUCCGUCCUAAAGAGAAGAAAGAAAAGGAAGAUAAGGAAGUCAAAGUGGAACAAAAUAAAGUAUCACACAAAAAGUGGAAUAAGUCUGAUAAAUCAAGUAGUUCAAAUGUAUAUUAUCCCAAAAAUUUAGAAGAGAGCCCAGAAUCAAGUAGCGAAUCAAGCAGUUCCUGUUUUGGGAAAAGAUUGGGUUCUUUGAAGAAAAAUCAAAAGAGUAAUAUCGAAUACGAUAGCAAGACUGCCACAUAUCCUAAAACAGCAAAAGGUUUUGACAAGAAGAUGAAUAGUUCCCUACCUAGAAUGCAUAGGUUGCCAGAAAAAUAUAGGGAAGAUGAUGCUGGUAUUCAGUAUUUUUCAGAUAGGAAUUUAGCUUCGUCAAAGUUUGGUGAAAGAUCUUAUGAAAUGAUUUAUUGCCCCGAAACAAUCACAGAAACGGUACAGUUCGCUCAAAAUCGUUCACUUGGAAAUGCCGAAAAUUCCAAAAAGAACAAGAUCAAGAAACAACACAGUUUUUCGUCGUCCGAUAAAAAAGUGAAGUCGGAAAAAUCGCUGUUUUUCGAUACGCCCAAAUAUCACAAAAUAUCCGAUUCUUCCACGAGUAAGAUCAAGUUGAAGUCCGCCAUGCAGUACACCCCUAUGUCUCUGCCCUUGACUCAGGAUCCAAAAUCUCGGCCGAAAUUCGCUUUCGAACUGAAUCUCGACGAAAAGUCGAGCAAGCCGUCUGGGAAGCUGAAGCAGAUUUUCGGGAAACAGGGCGAUCAGAAGAAGGAAAAGACGUUUCUGGGUUCUCCCAAGUUGCACAGGGCGAUUUUCAAGAAGGGCAACACUUCGAACGCCCUCGACUCUACGUGGCCAAUAGCUACACAGCAGAUCAUUCUCCAAGACGCUUCCUAUCUUAUGUCGAACUUACCACCAGUGGCGUCCGAGCCUGCUUUACCACCACCUCUACCCGCCGCACCACAUCCUGAUUACCCAGGAUUAGAAUAUCCACCAGUAUUCGAGCCAGAAACGUAUUCUUUGGCCGAUCCUCAAAGUAGCCUGUCAAUUUUGAGGAAACAGGGGAAAGGAAACAAUUGAUCCCCCUCUCUAAGACAUGUGGCAAUAAUGUUUGUAUACUCUAUUAUACGGAAGUGUAUAAUUUAUGGAAAAAUGGAAUGAUAAGAAUCUGUGAUCUAGAGGUGCUUAUUCUCACAAUUCUCAUAAUCACAUUUAAUACAUUAAGAGAAUACCAAAAUAAUUACUAACAUGAUCAUUAGAAUAGUAUACGUUUCAAUUUGGAAGCUGUGAUGAUAAAUGAAUCGUUAUCAAUAUUUUCAGAAUUGAAAUAUGUGAAGAAUUUGAUUGGACAACUCUGUUGAACUUGUGGAAUAAUCAAAAGUAGAUAAAUAUCACGAUAUGUGAUUUUUGUUGAAUAGUGUAUUUGAAAUCUUUAUUAUUCGAAAAACUUAGGAAUUUUUGAAAAUGAAUUAUGUACUUCUUAUAAUGUGUCAAUUAUUAUUCUUGCUCUUUAUGAACUUGCCAAAUAGUAGAAAGUAUUCUAUUUUUCUAGAUAUUCCGGUUGCAAUAUGCUGUAUUUAGUACUCCAAAAGUCUCCUUACUAGUUUGUAUAUUAUUUUAUUCCUUCAAAAUGUUAUUUUGACUUUGUUGAAUAAACAUUAUAUUUAUUA